AGGGCCCUGCCUGCACAGAGCAUGUGUCCUUCCACCGCUGCACGACUUUAUAUUUUGCGUGUGGACUUCUGGGUGUUUUCAAACAGCAAGAGGGACAGCUAAAGGGUGGACCAUGAGACUGCCCGUGGAAGUGUGCGUGUUCCUCAUCGCCCUGCAGGCUCCUGCUGUUUUGUACACCCUGAACAACAUCCCUGCUCUUCAGGAGUCUUUGCCCAUCCUGGGACUGGGAGCAGUCGUCCUGGGAACUGUUCUCCUCCUCAUCCUCCUCACUGUACGACAUAAACAGACCGUGGAUCCUUUAUUUUAUGUGUUUGCAGAGUUUUCCUUCACUUGCCUGGUGGGCCUGACUAAUGCACUGGAGCAAGAUGGCUUCAUCUCAGGCUUCAUGCACUUCUACAUCAAGAUGGGUGAGCCUCAUCUGAGUACCGCCUAUGGCGUGAUGAUGUCAUACUGGGAAGGCGUGGUUCACUUGGUCCUCUUCCUCAUCGUGGUCCACCGCAUGUUCACAGGGAAGUCCUACCGCGGUCUGGCUCUGCUGUGGGCGGGGUCCUCCAUCACCCACCAACUUGUUCACGUCCUAGGAGUGGUGAUAGGUAAAUAUGGAUCCAAUAUUCGUCCGGCAUUUUGGCGAAAUGCACCGUUCUUCGUUGCACCGUUCUGGGCAGCUUCCGUCCUUUUUGGCAGAUCGAGAGACACGCCCAUCAUCCCAGCAGAUAAGAUUGCAGCAGAGCAAAGGAAAAGUCUGCUGUCUCGACCUAUUGACCUGCAGCUGUUGGUGUUGCUACUCGGAGUCGCUGCCUUCUCUCUAUUUCGAGGCUUUGUAGUGCUGGACUGUCCUCUGGACUCCUGCUUCACCUACAUUUAUCAGUAUGAACCUUACCUCAAAGACCCGGUCGCCUUCCCCAAGGUCACGAUGCUGGUCUAUUUGUUCUAUGCCGUGCCCCUGCUGGCGGUUCUCGCCUACGGCCUAACAACACCAGGCUGCAGCUGGAUGCUGGACUGGUCUCUCUUCUUGGCUGGAGCCACAUGCCAGGCCCAGUGGUGCCACACCGGAGCGUCCGUGCACUCCCGCACUCCCUUCACGUACCGAGUCCCGGCAGACAAAUUGUGGCCUGUUAUCAUCCUCAAUGUGCUGCUGGCCGCCAUUCCGGCUCUGCUGGCUUUGCGCUGCCACACCAACCCUGCUUACUUCAUGAAGGCCGUGCCCACAGGACACAGCAGUGACACUAAGAAGGACAACUAAAGGGUUGUCAAGACUAAAGUCUCAGGGAAACCUGAAGGACGGCUGCUUUUUUUUUUGUGAGUGAGUGAGUCACCUUGUGCAGCAAGCACUCCCUGCAUGGACUGCUGGACCCUGAUAAGAAGUCCCUUCCUGGGGGUGAGGACUGCGAAUCUGCUAUCUGCCUCAAGGACACCCAUGCAAAAUUCCACUUUUAGUUGAUUGCAUCAUCACCAUCCAGUGCAUCGAAAUGACUCAUUAUUCCAACUGU